AUUUUGAGCCGAGGCAACGGCGUGAUUGACGGACGCUUCACGGCGGCUAAGGAACGUUCACAACAAAGGCGAGAGGCAGAUUUUUUAUUUAGAGUCAACACAGUUUCAUCAGAAUACCGAUGAAUUAAUCACGGCCAUAAAGAAAAAACGGGACUGCUAUCAUCACGAUAACUGGGAAGUCCAUCAUGUCGGUUGUCUGCAGGCCCACAGGCUGAAGAGGUGUGAGCGGUUGGGAGAGCUAGGGACGGAGCAAUGGGAAACACGGCCACAAAGUUCCGCAAGGCACUGGUCAGUGGAGAUGAGGUUCUGGCUUAUCAGCUGUACGAGGGCAACCCUCAGUUCAAAGAGUCACUAGACCCCAACACCUCAUAUGGGGAACCGUACCAACACAACACCCCGCUCCAUUAUGCUGCCAGACAUGCCAUGACACGCAUACUCAGGUCCUUCCUCUUCAGCAAGGAUGGGAACCCCAACAAACGUAACGUGCACAAUGAAACAGCGCUGCACGUUUUGUGCAUGGGACCGCACAUCUUGCUGUCCGAGGGAGCCCUACAGCCACGCCUGGCCCGGCCCUAUGAAGAUGAGCGCAGACGGGCUGAGUGCCUGCAGAUGAUCUUAAAGUGGACUGGUGCCAAAUUGGACCGGGGCGAAUAUGAGAGCGCGGACGUCUGCGCCAACGAUAACAAAAAAACCACACCGCUACACUACGCCGCUGCCUCAGGGAUGAAGACAUGCGUUGAGUUUCUGGUAAAGCGUGGUGCCGACCUGUUUGCGGAGAAUGAGAACAAGGAAACCCCGUGUGACUGUGCAGAGAGGCAGCACCAUAAGGAGCUCGCUCUCAGUUUGGAGUCUCAGAUGGUCUUCUCCACCGACCCCCACGCUGAGGAUAUCGAGGCCGAGUACGCAGCCUUAGACCGCAGGGAGUUUUAUGAAGGUUUGAGAGUGCAGGAUCUCAGAAGACUGAAGGACAUGCUGAUAGUGGAAACAGCAGACAUGCUGCAGGCUCCUCUCUUCACCGCCGAAGCUCUCCUCCGGGCUCACGACUGGGACAGGGAAAAGCUCUUGGAGGCAUGGAUGUCUAACGCUGAAGACUGCUGCCAGCGCUCGGGCGUUCAGAUGCCCACCCCUCCGCCCAGAGGUUACAACACGUGGGACACCCUGCCAUCGCCCCGUACGCCCCGCACCACCCGCUCAUCCAUCACCUCUCCAGACGAGAUCAGCCUGACCCCCGCUGAUGAUGAUCUGUCACUGUGUGGGAUCUGUAUGUGUGCAGCCUCCAUGUUUGAAGAGCCUGUUGAUAUUCCAUGCGGACAUGAGUUCUGCAGAGGAUGCUGGGAAAGCUUCUUGAAUCUGAAGAUCCAGGAGGGGGAGGCCCAUAACAUCUUCUGUCCGGCUUAUGACUGCUUCCAGCUAGUUCCUGUCGAGGUCAUCGAGAGCAUUGUGUCCAGAGAGAUGGACAAACGUUACCUGCAAUUUGACAUCAAGGCAUUUGUAGAGAAUAAUCCUGCCAUCCGGUGGUGCCCGCGGGCAGGCUGUGAUAGAGCGGUGCGUUUGUCUGGACAAGGGCCCGGUGCCAGCAUUUCUGACCCGCUCAGCUUCCCUCUCCUUCAGGCUCCUGCGGUGGACUGUGGGAAGGGCCAUCUCUUCUGCUGGGAAUGCCACGGAGAAGCCCAUGAACCCUGUGACUGCCAAACAUGGAAGAUGUGGCUUCAGAAGGUCACUGAUAUGAAACCAGAAGAACUGGCAGGUGUAAGUGUGGAGUAUGAAGAUGCUGCCAACUGCCUGUGGUUACUCACCAACUCCAAACCCUGUGCCAACUGCAAAUCUCCCAUUCAGAAGAAUGAGGGCUGCAACCACAUGCAAUGUGCCAAGUGCAAGUAUGAUUUCUGCUGGAUCUGUCUGGAGGAGUGGAAGAAACACAGUUCAUCCACAGGAGGAUACUAUAGGUGUACGCGUUAUGAGGUCAUCCAGCAGGUGGAGGAACAGUCCAAGGAGAUGACCGUUGAGGCUGAGAAGAAACACAAAAACUUUCAGGAGCUGGAUCGUUUCAUGCACUAUUACACACGCUUUAAGAACCACGAGCACAGCUACCAGCUAGAGGAACGUCUUCUAAAGACGGCCAAAGACAAGAUGGAGCAGCUGAGCAAAGUGCUGAGCGGAAGAGAGGGAGGCCCUCCAGACACUACUUUCAUUGAAGAUGCAGUGCAUGAACUACUUAAGACUCGUCGCAUUCUCAAGUGCUCUUACCCAUACGGCUUCUUUCUGGAGACCAAAAGCACAAAGAAGGAAAUAUUUGAACUUAUGCAGACUGACUUGGAAAUGGUGACUGAAGACCUUGCGCAGAAGGUCAACCGACCGUACCUCCGCACCCCACGUCACAAGAUCAUCCGUGCCGCCUGCCUGGUGCAGCAGAAACGGCAGGAGUUCCUGGCGUCUGUGGCGAGAGGCGUGGCGCCCAAUGACUCACCCGAGGCCCCUCGACGCAGUUUUGCUGGAGGAACGUGGGACUGGGAGUACUUGGGUUUCGCCUCCCCAGAGAUCCAGAGGAAUCAAGCCUUUCUCGGGGGAAAUGAUCCGAGAGAGCAGUGUCAGUAUACAGGAAGCCAUCCGCAGGAGUAUGCAGAGUUCCAGUAUAGACGCAGACACAGGCAACGCAGACGUGGAGAUAUGGCCAGCCUCCGCAGCAACACGCCUGACCCGGAUGACCCCAACCAUGGCACUUUAGACACGCAAGAAAUCGGUGGUGGUCAGAAUCAGGGUCUGCCAAUGACUCACAGUUCCCUGGAUGAAGAUGAUCCAAAUAUCCUCUUGGCCAUCCAGCUGUCUUUGCAGGAGUCUGGUCUGGCUAUGGGCGGCGCUGGCAUUGACGCUCAAGAGAUACUCGCCAACGAGGCGUCUCUAGGGGCCAUCGGAACAUCCCUACCCACGCGGCUGGAUCCGGUGCUGUGCGGUAUAGAUGUGCCCCGCACUGCCCUGAGCAGCUCCGAGCUGUUAGAGGUGGGUGACAGCUUGAAAAAGCUCGGAAACAUCAGCGGCCAGAAUGUUCCUCUGCGUUUUGACAAUCUUAAUACUCUCGAGUCCGCAGAGGUUCCACCGUCCUCUGAUUUUGGCUCCUCCGACAGCGCCAACCUUCUCGGCAACAUCAUGGCUUGGUUUCAUGACAUGAACCCUCAGAAUAUCAGUUUGGUUCCUUCAGCCGGUGCAAUGAAUCAAGAAUUCACCGCUUCAGUGGCAAGGAUGGCGUCGGAGCUGACUGCAGAGUGCGCCGUUCCACAAUGGACAGCAGAGUGCGAUAGAGAGCAAGAGCGAGAGUACGGCACCAGCGGUGCCGCAGAGGAACGCGAGCCCGUCAGGCCGACGCAGCUUGACCUGGUGGGUCUCGACGUGUCUCCGGGACCUCCUGCGUCUGUCGAGUUAGGGGAAACUCCGAGCGGUUCCAACCCGUGUCACUCCGACACCCCGAAAUGUGACUCAGACCCUGACCAGCCUAGCAGUAGCUCCUCAGAAUGGGAGGGUCAGGUGCACCUUGUAUGAAAUACUGACUCCUCCCACUCACUAAGCCACUUUGUGAACCCGAGGAUCAAUCAUGAUAAGAAAAGCCUAUGUAUUGUCAGAUAUGUCGAAAUCGAAGCCGUUUUUCAAAUCUGGCCAGUGUGUUACAGGCCUCCGUUUGAGGCAUGUGUUCACUAAAAACUUCCAGUUAUAAAAUGCGAAAAACUUUUACUUAGUCAGCAACUGAACCAGACAGCACUAUGUAAUCCAAGAGAGAAAGGUUUAUGAGGUAAUCAUGAGCAAGCAGUCAGAGCCGUACGCCUCUAAUGAUGAGAAAUAAAUCUACUGUAUAGAACAGGACAGUGUUUAGAGGACGUCCUGUCUGCUUAAUUUUCAAGAAUGUAAAAGGUGCCAAAAACACUGGCUAGUACACACAGAGUUCACUAACGCUCGGUGGAUGGUGUGCCGACUGUGCCUGCUCCUGAAGGGCUCGGUCGCCCUCUCCUUCCUUUAAACUCCACCUGUAGUGUUAGCACACAGAAGAGCGGGCCUGUUCUGUGGUGCAAAGAAUCACAGAAACAAAAACGGUAAUUGUAGUCGCGGAUUGCUUUUUUCUUUUUCGGGUCAAACGUAAUCACUGUAAUGCUUCAAUGGUAAAUUAGCGGGGAAAGUAUCGGUGAGGUUCAACUCAUUUCAGGAGUGCCGCACUGGCUCAGUUUUCUCUUUGCAACUUAUCACAGUGCCUUUUCUGUGACACUUCUCUUUAUUUAUAGCCACUCUCAGAACCCAGAAUGUGGCGAGUUCUAAUACACGCCGUUACUGUACUUUCAGGUGGCAACUACGCAAACGGCCUCGAUGUUUUAAAAAAAAAACUUUUUUUUAGAAAUGUUCAAUUGCCCUUUAGCAUGUUUCUGGUCCCUUUCCCCAGAGUGUUUUAAAGCAAUUGUUUAAAAACUAGAGAAAGAAUGAAUUUACAUGCUCACUCGCAAUUAUGUGGAUUGCAUUCAUCUACAUUGAAUGUGGAGAUAUUAUACAUGAUGUGUAAAAGAGAAGAUGUGAUAUCCAGAAUGUGUGGUGAUAAUGUUAAACAUUUCAGUGUGGGGAUUUAAAGAGAUAGUUCACCUUACCCUCAUGUCAUACUUAACUUCAUUCUUACUUGUGUGUAACAUAGAAAGUGUUCACUAAAAUAUUCGGGCGGUUUUUUGUGCACACAAUGAAAGUGAGUGCUGACCAGGGGCUGUCAAGCUUGAAAAAUGAUUUUCAUUGAAUAAUGACAUUUUUUCUUCAUUUGUUUUUCACACGAAGCUAUCACAUGGCUACAAAAGACUUGAAAUCUUAAAGGGGCAGUCCACCCCAAAAUAAAAUUCUGUCAUCAUUUACUCACCCUCGACUUGUUCCAAAUCACAGCAACAUGGUGAAAGAUAUUUGUUUUAACCAAACAGUUCUUGGCCACCAUAGUCUACCAUAGGAGGAAAAAUGACAAUGGUAGUCAGAAGUGCCCCAGAACUGUUUGCUUUCCAACAUUCUUCAAAAUAUCUCCUUUUGUGUUCAACAGAACAAUUACAUUUAUAAAGCAAUUUUCCUGUAGUAAAUGGUGGCCAAGAAAUGUUUGGUUACAAGCAUUCUUCUAAAUAUCUUUCUCUGUGUUCAUCAGAACAAAGACAUAUAUGCAGAUUUGGAACAACUUGAGGGAGAGUCAAUGAAGAUGGUAUUUUCAUUUUUGGGUGAACUGUUCCUUUAAGAACCAUGGAUUACUUUUAUGGUGCUUUUGUCAUGUUUAUAUCUUGAAAAGUCCCAGUUACCAUUUACUUUCAUUAUAUAGAUAUGGGUUCAACAGAAAAAAAUUAUAUAAGUCUAGUCUGGAACAACAUGAGGGUGAGUAAAUAAUGACAGUAUUUUUGGGUGAACUUAACCUUUAAAAUGUCACUAUGGCUAAAAUCCAUAGAUGUGAUCAUAUCCAUGUUUUUUUUUUUUUUUUUUUUUUAAGACACACUGCUUGCAAGAGCGUCUGUUUUCACCUUUGAAAAUAUUCAGGUGUCUGAUCUUUGGAUCUUUUUUAAGGCUGUGGCAAAUAUACAUCUAUGUGAUGGCCAACAGCGCCAACAAUUCAAUUACGAUAAAAAAAAGAAUACAUAUAACUGGUAUUUCUCUACAAUAAAUUAUGAAAAUGUAUUUUCUAUUUAUUUAAAAUUGAAUGUCCUGCUUUAAAAAAAAGGAUAAUGAAAGUAAAAACCCAACAAACAACAAAAAGCGUAAAUAUAUUUUUUGUGUAUAUAUAAAACUGUCAUAAACAGUGCCACUUCUGAAAAUGAGCAUAUUACAUGUGACUGCUGAAAUAUUUAAAAGCCAUUUAAACGAAAUUAACAAUUUGUACAACUUUCUGAUUUGCUUUUUUUCUUGUGAACACCUGGCCAACUUUUCUUCAGAUGAAACUGUCAGUUCAGAUAGCACUGAAUUUUACGCACUUCAGAAAAUUGCACAAAACUAGCUCACACUUCAGCCUUGAAUUAACCCACUUGAGUUCAUAGGUUUGCUGUUAUAUUGGCAGCUCUAGCUGUGCAGGCGCCUCAUGUUUUACUGUGGGCUUGAUGGAAUAUGUAUGUUGAUUCUGAACUAUUGUCCUAAAGCAGUAUUGCAUUGCAUAAUGGAAACUUUAAGACAUGAAGUUGUUUUUGAAGUGGCGUUUUGCAGCUUGGAGUCAUUCCAGAAGAUUCAUUGAUUUAGGAGAGUUCACGUGUUUUUUACUGUAUGUAUGUGUGAUCUGAAUCAGUUAAGCUCAAUAAAUUGCAGUAUUUCUUUGAAGUAAUGUAUGUCGGCAGAGGCACAGGUGGAGCAAAUGAUUGUUUUCAUGAAGCGUAUGAUAGAUUUGAACUGACCAGACAUGAGGAAAAUAGGUGAAUAAAAAGUUGUCCUGUAUGUGACGGUAUGCUGUGGAUUUAGUAAUUAUAAUAAACAUAGAUCAUGUUUUCCUGUCAAAAGGCAAUUCAAGUGUCAAGGCUAUUGUUUGGGGGAAGGGGCGGUGGGGUAAAGCAAAUUUUUGUAACCCAUUACCGAUUUUAUAUUGUUAACCAUCUAAUCCUCGAAAUGGUAUUUGCACUUUCAUGAUCUUGAUACACUUACUUGAUACAUUCCCAGUUUAUAUUGAAAAUACAAAUGUGUGGUGCUUGACCCGAUUUGAGUGUGAAUCUUAAUAAAGUUGUUAAGACAAGUUACAGUUGUUAAAGUGGUAAUGUUCUUUGAAUAGAAUGACUCAUAAGAGCCAGAAACAAAAUCCUAAAUGCAUGUUAAAGUAACAGAUACCCUUAAAGAAACAGUUCACCCACAAAUGAAAAUUCUGUCAUCAUUUACUCACCCUCAAGUUGUUCCAAAUCUGUAUAAAUACUUUGUUCUGAUGAACACAGAAAAAUAUAUUUGGAAGAAUGCUUGUAACCAAACAGUUCUUGGCCACCAGUUCCUUGGCCAAAAAUGUCUCAGUUCUGUUUAACACAAAAGAAGAUAUUUUGAAGAAUGUAGGAAAGUAAACAGUUCAGGGGCACUUUUGACUAAAAUUUUUCCUUGCAAUUUUUCCUAUCAUGGUUGUCAAUGAUUACAAGCAUUCUUCCAAAUAACUUUCUGAACAAAGAUUUUUUUUCUUUUUGGGUGAACUGUCCCUUUAAGGUUUCUCUGCUGGUACAAAUCAUAAAAUGUUGUACCUUUUUGGGUACUAGAGGUAAAGUUUAGAGCUUAAAGGUAAAUGAUUUUGUGAGCAUUGAUCCCUCUAGUGGCUCAAGUAGGACUGUUGGUUUUUUUAAGUGAAAAGACCCUGCUCUCUUGACCCGCCCUGUAACCUCUCAUGAAGUAAAUCCAGAAGACCACAGCAAUUUCACACAAGCAAGUCAGUAUAAUGCAUAAUACAUGUGUAUAAUAUAGAGUUCUUUAACACGUUUCUUUUUUAAUAUCAAGUACUACAGGGGUUAGAAAGAAUGAAUUGAGACCCUAUGUGCAUGGCCUAGUCAGUUAAUACAGUGAUCUUCGUUAAAAUAGUCAGAAAAAGCUUUGGAUAAAAGCGUCUGCUAAAUGACUUGAUGUAAAUGUAACAAUGGUGAGCAUAAAUGUGAGAUGGGAGGAAUUUUUGAUUAGGGACAUUCAUUUUAUGAGGAACACAGUCUGAUUUGGGGAUGCUGUUUGGGACCAACAAGAUUUGACUUUUGGUACAUGUACUGAGAUACUACAAUGAUGAAAAACAUAGUACGAUUCCAAAAAUGUAUGAGUUCUGUAUGACGAAUUCUGCAGACACAAAAGACAAUAUUUUGAAGAACACUGCUGCCUCAACAUUGGGGCUCCAUUGAUUUACAUAGUAAACCACUGAGACAUUUCUCAAAACAUAUCAAAUAUAUUUCACAGAAGAAAGAGUUACAUACAGGUUUUGAAUUGUAUACGGUAAAUAAUUACUUUUUUAUUUUUGGGUGAGAUUAUUUAAAAUCAAUAUCAACCAAUCCAAGAUUGCCUGUACAAGUACACUUUUCCAAACAUUGCACAAAAAGAUGAUUGUUUUUAAUAUAUAAUGUUAUUUAUACAAUUAAUAUAUGGAUUGUUUUGAAACCUUAAAAUUUCUUCAAUCCCAGUAAUGGACGUUAUUCCACCGUUAGUCCAGUAGAGAGUGAUGUGUUCUCAGUGAAUGAGAGAGAAGUUUCGACUCCCGCCUGUGAAUCACUCUGGCAGUAGGGUGUCUGUGUUACUGGCAAGCAGUGUUGGCACUUUCCAUCCCAGACUCAUGGAAGCAAUUCAAGACGUCAUUUAGAGGAGGAGGAACCCAACGGCUCCUCAGGAGGCUAUUAAAACAUGUCAGUAGAACUUCCUGCAUUAUAUUCCCACAGUCAAAAUGAAUUCAAGGUAAAUCAUGUAGUUCUCAGAGACGUGGAAAUAUUUCCCCUAUUGUGUUUUUAUUUAUUGAGGUCUUUUGUGCUCAUGUGGGGAUAUUUUUAACGCUAAAUAUGAUGAAGUCAGAUUACAAAAUUGCUUGACAGUUGUUUGUUUUGCUUUCUGGUGUAGCACAAAGUUCUUGGCCUCUUUGGGUGGUUUAUUGGCCCAACUGGAGAUGAUUUCAAAGAAACGGAGAUUAAAUAUAGUUCUGGACUUCUAGAAACAGCAAUUCUCCCAUCAGAAUCUGAUUUUAAAACCAGUCUCUGUGUCAAGGAGAAAAAGACAGAGUUACGCUCAUGUCACUUGUGUAAGAUUCAACAGUUCAGCUUUUCAUAAAAAAAUAAUGAAAAUUCUGUCGUCAUUUCAUAUUGACUUAUUUUUGUAAUAGAUAAGCAAUAUACAGAGAAAUAUAUCACCAUCAGAAGGAGCUUUAUUACCAAGUAUGUUUACACGCACAAUGAAUUUGACUUGGCGACAGGAGCUUAGUGCAGAAGAAAGUGUACACACAGUGCAAACAUAGUGCAAAUAUACAUUAAGAUUGAAAAAAAUGAGAAUUAAAAAUUAAAAACAAUAAUGCACUAAUGGUCUAUACUAAAACCAUGGUUAAUGUUCGUAAGGGACAAUGUGGGUAAUGAGUAAAAAAUGACAUUUUUAGUACGAGUAAACUACCUUGAAUAUUUGACGUUUUCUUUUCAUUUCAAGACACUUUAAUUCCAGUGUUGGGUGUAACUAGUUACUAAGUAAUUAGUUACUGUAAUAUAAUUACUUUUCCCUUGAAAAAGUAAAGUAAGGGAUUACUCUUAUUUUUUCUGUAAUUUAAUUACAGUUACUUCUGAUGUAAUUAAACUAAAUACUUUGUGUAAUAUGUGUGUGUGCAGAAGAGGAAUUGACAUCAAAAUUCAAAGUCUAACUUUAAAAUCCGUGCUUUAAUGUAUAAUUCUCACAUUUGUAAUUAAUAAUAAUACUUUAUGUAGUUUAAUAUUAUUUAUUUGAAUGAAUGAAAAGAGCCGUUUCAUGUCUAUCCUUGAAUCACUUAACUCAUCAAGGUUGAUGUAGGAUAUAAAAAGUAAUUAGUAAUAAGUAAUUAAAUACUUUUUGAAGAGAGUAACUUGUACAGUAAUCUAAUUACAUUAUCGAAUGUGUAAUUAGUAACUAGUAAUUAAUUACUUUUUCAGAGUAACUUAC